CGAGUCGCUGGUCCAUGUGUUGUGGUAGCUGAUAUCAACGUUAGAAACCUAUGUUUAGAUCAAAAUGAGUUCUCAAAAGGGCAACGCAUCGCGCUCGCGAGGACAAAAGCACCAAAACACGACUGCUUACAAGAACGACAAAUAUGGAGCAAGUGUUCAAGUAAAGAUAGCAAACUCGAAGGUCCACGACGGGUUAUGUCAACGCUGCAAGGAAGUUAUUGAGUGGAAAGUCAAAUACAACAAAUACAAAUCCCUUUCCCAACCUCGAACAUGUGUGAAAUGUUCUCAGAAGACGGUGAAGGAUGCAUAUCACGUCAUUUGUAAAAUCUGUGCCCUGAAGCUGGAGCUUUGUGCCAAGUGUGGGAAGAAAGAGGACAUCGUAAUUCCGGUUAACACACAGAAGCAGGGAGAUGAAGAUGAGGAAUACACCAAUCAAAAGAUGACCGGACGUAGUCGAAGGAAGGACUUCAAUGAGCUUGAUGAUGACUUUGGUGACUUGGGCAGUGAUGAUGAUGACUUUGCCAGUGACUCAGGUCCUGAGAAGGCAGGAAGCAGCAAGGCCCUUGUCCCUAAUGUGGCACAUGUUAGUUUCAAAGACUGCUAAACCAGGAUGACCCUAAAUGUACCUCCUAUCCAUUUGAUUAAUAUACUUAUCCUCUCAUUAUACAUACUUUUGCUAAGAAGACUCAUAACUGUAGAUUUAUUCACUCUAAAAUACAAUAGCCUACUUGUGUUGGGACGUUAAAUGGACAACCCCCACUUUCAAUUAACUGUUUUGUAGUAAAUCCCAUGAGACAGCAAUUUUUGUCAUACUUUGAUGGGUUUAAGGAAGCAUUAUUUUGUUUGUGAAGGAAUAUUCACAAGCACUACUGGAUUGAAGUCAUUAUAGUGCCCCAGCAGCUGUUUUUGAACUUUUCCAGAUACGUGUAUGUACACAUAUGUCAAAAGAUACAUUUUGAGAACAUAGUGAUUCUUUUUAUUUAUUCUGACAAUGUAUUUUGAGUAAUAUGCAUUAUUUCAGCUGAAUGCUUUCCUCUGUAGGCCAUAGUGGAACAUCUUCUCUCAGAUUUCUCCCUUUUUAGAGCUACAAGUGGACCAUAAUCUUUAUGGUGAGUCGCACUAACUUGUUACCAUACUAUUAACAUAAUUAAUUGAUGAUCUCAGUGGGUUUUAUUUAGUGCCUUUGGUAAUGACCACAUGCCAGUUGUGUUCUGCUUAUUCAAACACAUGACCUUAGUGCUCCUCCUGAUUAAUAGUGCUUUAUAUAUGUCCCAAUAGGCCAAGUAAAUGAGCUAACAUCUUCAAAUGAAAUAAACCAGAAGACAAUUGUAUUAAGCAACUUCUAUGUCAUAAUCCAAACAAUUUCAAACAUCGGCUGCUUCAGCACUAAACCACAGAUGUUGCAGUUGAUAGAAAGACACAGAUCAUCUCACGCAGAAAGGAAAUAUGAUUGAUACACUUGUCUUAAUCUCCGGUUGGCAUUCCAUGCGAGUUUGGCCCAAAGUUUAUUAUGUUUAGGAUCUUCCUGAAAUUAAAAUAGAAAAGGGUAUAUUUUUUAUUUAAUUUAACUAGGCAAGUCAGUUAAGAGCAAAUUCUUAUUUACAAUGACGGCCUACCCCGGUCAAACCCUAACCCGGACAACG